AUGGCAUCCACCAAAUACAGCAACCAUUUCUCCCUGAAGAACCUCCCAUUCGGAGUCGCCUCAUCAGACAAACACCCGCAUCCACAAUGCGCAACGCGCCUCCACAACACCGUCAUCUUCCUAGGCGACCUCCAGCGCAGCGGAGUCUUCGCCCAAAUCUCCGACCUCCCUGAAGGCGUCUUCGACUCACCAACCCUAAACAGCUACGCCGCUCUCCCAAAACCCACUCAUCGCGCCGUGCGCCAAACCCUCCAGUCCAUCCUGCAAGACGGCACCGGCUCUCUCCCGCCCUCCAGCACCGAGGACAUCACCGCCGUCACGCUGCAUCUCCCCGUAACAGUGCCCGGCUUCACCGAUUUCUCCUGCAGCCUAGACCACGUCAAAAACGCCGGACGCGCCAUUCUGAACGACGAAUCGCCGCCCCCGGGCUUCUUCCACUUCCCCAUCGGGUACACCGGCCGCGCGAGCACGAUCGUCGUCUCGGGGACGCCCAUCGUCCGGCCGCUGGGGCAUUUCUACGACCGCACCGCGGCCACCGAAAAGAAGCCCGUCGUGUACGGGCCGUCGCGGGCGAUGGACUACGAGCUCGAGAUUGGCGUCGUCGUCGGGAAGCCGCUGCCCCCGAACCGGGGGUUGGAUGCGCGCGAUGCGGAGGAGCAUAUCUUCGGUCUGGUUAUUCUGAAUGACUGGAGCGCCCGCGACAUCCAAGGCUGCGAGAUGGUCCCCCUCGGCCCCCUCAACGGCAAAGCCUUCGGGACUACCAUCUCACCCUGGAUCGUUACCCUGGACGCGCUGGAGCCGUUCAAGGUUGCUGGUCCCGCUCCGCGGGUCGAUCUCCCCCGUCAUCUCCAAGACCCGGGUGAGUUCAACUACGCGAUCGAGAUGAUGGUCGAGCUGCAGCACGGGGAAAACACAUCGCGGCUGAGCAGGUCGCAGGCGCAGGACAUGUUCUGGAGUGGACGGCAGAUGUGUGCUCAUCUGGCGAGUACGGGCUGCGACUUGCGCACGGGGGACAUCUUGGGUACGGGCACGGUGAGUGGGUCGCAGGAGGGGUCGUACGGGUGUCUGUUGGAGAUCACGCAGGGUGGGAAGGCGGCGGCGCAGUUGGUGGAUGGGUCGACGCGAGUGUAUCUGCAGGAUGGGGACGUGGUGCGCAUGACCGCUGUUGCUGGAGACGAAUCGUCUGGGGUUGGGUUUGGAGAGUGUGUUGGCGAGCUGCGGCCAGCAAGAGCACUCUAG